AUGGCGUCUGAUGCACAGACGGCGUUGAAACUAGCAGCUCUCCAUAUCACCGACGUGUUGGCGAAGUCACGCAACUACAAUGAGUUGCUACAUUACUGGCAGGCGUGGCACGACAACGUGGGCCCACCCAUGAGGAACGACUAUAUCGACUUCGUAGCACUCAGCAAUAAAGCUUCUGUGGAGAAUGGAUUUAGUGACACCGGUGAUUAUUGGAGGAGCGCGUAUGAGUCAGAUACGUUCCGCGAGGACAUUGCAGCUCUCAUGGAGCAGGUGAAACCUAUGUACGAUCAGCUGCAUGCUUACGUCAGGCACAAGCUAGGUCUAUGGUACGGCACCGACAAAGUCGCGAUUAAGGGACCCAUCCCCGCCCACCUACUAGGUGACAUGUGGUCACAGUCCUGGGAAAACAUAUACGAUAUGCUGGAGCCCUACCCCGGCGCCCAGGCUGUUGAUGUCACAGAUGCUAUGGUGGAGCAGAACUACGACGCGCAGAGGAUAUUUGAGGUUUCCGAAUCGUUCUUCACGUCAUUGGGUAUGUCGCCGAUGCCUCAGGAGUUCUGGAACAUGAGCAUGAUCGUCAAACCGGAGGAUCGCGACGUCGUCUGCUACGCUUCCGCCUGGGACUUCUACGACGGGAAGGACUUCCGGAUCAAGCAGUGUACAGACAUCACCAUGUCGUGGCUCUCCACCACGCACCACGAGAUGGGCCACGUCGAAUACUUUCUGGAGUACAAGGACCAGCCGGUGAAAUUCCGUGACGGAGCAAAUCCGGGUUUCCACGAAGCAAUAGGAGACACAAUAAGCUUGUCCGUAUUGACUCCAGCUCACCUGCAGAAGAUCGGACUGUUGGACGAUGUCGUUGAAAACCAUGGUAAACGAACAUCAGAGGCGUACUUUGUUUCCUACAUCGUACAGUUCCAGUUCCACAAGGCGCUCUGUGACGCCGCCGUACACGAGGGGGCGCUCGACAAGUGUGACAUCUACGAGAACACGGACGCCGGCGACAAACUCAUGGCGGCGCUGCAGCUCGGCUCCUCGAAGCCGUGGCCGGAAGCGAUGACAAUGUUAACGGGACAGGACAAGAUGGACGCCUCGGCCCUGAUCGAGUAUUUCAAGCCGCUGACGGACUGGCUGAAGCUGUACAACAGUGAAAACGACGUGCCGGUGGGGUGGUGGUGCGACGAUGAUGGCGAGGCGCAGAGCUGGCUAGAUAACUACAAUGUAGAGGCGGAGGUGGUGCGAUACAGCGCUGUGGUGGCCUCAUGGAACUACAACACCAACAUCACGGACGAGAAUGCACAGGCUGAGAUCGUCGCAGCGCUGGAAUCGGCGGAAUUCGACAAGCGUAAAUCCAAGGAGCUCGAUAGCUUUAACGGAUUAAAGAUCACAGAUGAGCAGAUUAAUCGAGAGAUUAAGAAGAUUAAGGAUAUCGGAAUCUCCGCUCUACCGGAUGCGGAAGUAGAGGAGUGGAACACUAUAGUUUCAGACAUGACCACCAUCUACAGUACAGGAAAGGUGUGCAAGUAUGGCAAGACGUGUACGGACGGGAGUAACGACAACAUGCUACCGCUAGAUCCAGAUAUCACACGCAUCAUGGCGACGUCGCGUGACUAUGACGAGCUGUUGCAUUACUGGAGGGGAUGGCACGAUACGGUCGGCUCGCCGAUGAAACAAGAAUACAUAGAAUACGUGAAGCUGAGCAACAAGGCAGCCAUCAUGAACAGUAAGUUAAAACCUCUCUAUGAGAAACUUCAUGCGUUUACGAGGUUCAAGCUGUCGAAGCAAUACAUUGGAGAGGUGAACCUAGAAGGACCAAUCGCUGCGCAUCUACUAG